AUUUUCUCUUUUUUUUUUUAUUUAUGGGGGAGGGCAGUUAGACUUUUGUGACAGUUUCUCAUUGUUCCGGUUCAUUUCUUAAAAUGGCCAUUUUCCCGAUCUUCAGUUUCAUCAGUGCCAUGAUGGACAUUGGCGUAUUUCUCCCGUUUCUCACUUCUACCGCUCUGGCGGACAUGUGUGAGCCACUUGCCUCAACUUUCGAUUUGACCUCGAUCACUGCGAUGAUAGUCGCGUGACGUUUUCUCGUUUCGCUUACUUUCACUCCCUUCUUGAAGUUGCCAACUCUGUGACACCCCCGCCCCCAAGACCAUUUAAUGCAGUAGACUACAACCAUGGCACAAGAUCCUCUGUUGAUUUCCCACUGAGAGUCGUCGAUAGCUUUGCUCACCUGAAUGUCCCCGUGGAAAAACACCACUUACUAUAAUUGCAGAAACAUGACGACCACUUCAAUGGGAAGACGCCUGGUGACGUGCCUGCUCAACGUGUCAGAGGCUCGCAGGAAGGACUUGGUGGAACGUGUGGCCAAGGCCGCCUUAUACGACUCUCAAGGUGUUAGAAGAGACGGGACCACGGUGCUGAACAUCUUCAAUGACCGUGACUACAACCGCUCCGUCAUCACAAUUGUGGCCACCGUUGAAGCCAUCAGGGAGGCCGUCUUGUCUGCCUGCGAGAAAGCCUGCGAGCUGUUUGACAUGCGCGACCACUCGGGCGUCCACCCGUGUUUGGGUGCCGUGGACCUGGUCCCCAUCUACCCCCUGGGGGAGGACGUGGGCCCCGACGACUGUGCUCGAGAGUCUCGCGCGGUGGCCGUGGGCCUGACCGAGCGAGUGCCGGGAACCAGCGUCUUCCUCUUCGGGUGGGCGGACGCCCCGCAUCAGCGGGGGCUGGCGCAGAGGAGGAAGGAGAUGGGCUGGUUCAAGAAGACGCCCGACUUGAACGGCGUGAGGCCCUGCGUCGGGCCCGUGCCAUGCCAACGCUUCGGCCUCACCGGCGUCGGGGCCAGUCCCUACGUCAUGAACUGCAACGUCACUAUCGACACGCAGGAUCUAACCGUAGGACGGCGCAUCGCCGCCGCCAUCAGGGAAUCCACGCCGGGGGGUCUUCCGGGGGUCCAGGUCCUGGCCCUGCCACACGAGGGCGCCGUGGAGAUCGCCUGCAACGUGGAGAGCGUGCCGGGGGCCGGGCCCAGCCCGACCGACGCCGCGGCGGCGCCCUGGCCGUCCUUCAGCAUCGGGGGGCGGCCGUACUGUCACGUUCCAGCUCGUCUCAUCGCCGCCAGGGUCGCCCGGCUGGCGGGCGACCAGGGCGUUGCCACCAAGCGCGCCGCCUUGGUGGGCUUCACCCCCAUCGAGUGUCGGGGCUUGGCCGAGUUGGCUCUGUCUCGGGGGAUUGCCGAAUUUUGGAAAGAGCAGCAAAGCGUGCGCAUGUGAAAAUAAAUUUGGAUUCAAGGCCACCUCA